AGUCCAGCUGAAACUGGAAUCAACAAACUAUAUUCUCCACCACACUCGGGUCUCCAUUUACUCAACAUCUGAAAUUUGAACUGAAGAUGACGCUAAGAAUCAUCCUUUGCAUCUCGUUGUAAAUCUGUGCAUAGUGCUAACUAUUAUUCUUAUAAAUGCCAGCUGUUUCCAAUAAAAGAGAAGAAGAAGAAGAAGGAGGAGGAGGAGGAGGAGGAGGAGGAGGAGGAGGAGGAGGAGGAGGAGGAGGAGGAGGAGGAGGAGAAGGAGAAGGAGAAGGAGAAGAAGAAGAAGAAGAAGAAGAAGAAGAAGAAGAAGAAGAAGAAGAAGAAGAAGAAGAAGAAGAAGAAGAAGAAGAAGAAGAAAGAAGAAGAAGAGGAAAAGAACAAGGAAGAGGAAGAAGAAAAGGAGGAAGAAGAGGAAGAAGAGAAAGAAGAGAAAAGAGAAAAAGAGGAAGAAAUACUAUUGAUACAAAGCUUAAAGGAUAUAUCCAAAGUUGCAUAUAAAUAUUUGUAUUUAUAUGCUUAGACAAGAACUAUUAUCUCAUUUGCCUAGAGAAGUGUCUUUUUGUAGGGGAUAACAGUUGAUGCAGUUAAUACAUAAAUGGUUAAAAUGUUUGGAAUGAGUGACUGUUGAUAUCAUUCCUAAUUGGGACUCUCUGAGACCUAACAAAAAUGAUGAUGGAAGAAGACAGAAAGAUUAUAAGAACUAGAACAUGAGAAGAGUCCUGUAAAAUGCUGUCUUCUGGAUAUAACAUGACUAAUGUAAUUAUGAACAGCCAGGUCCUGGCUAUCUGCAUAAAACUGGUAGAAAUAAAAGGCAUAAAGAUAGAAGGGCGAUUAGAUGGGAAAAGGAGGGGAUUGGUGGGAAUUAGAAGACUAGAAGCAUGAGUAACAAGGUGAUAUGCUCAUAGUAUAUUAUUUAUGUCUAUGAAAUCAUCAAAAAUUUAAGUAAUUCAAAAAGGAAGACCACUUAAAUAAACAUUCUUUAAUGAAAACAUGAGCCAAAUUAGAAAAAAUAUUGUUUAUCAGAGAGGCAUCAUUAAAUUAAGUAUUUCAUAUCUGUGCAAAAUAAAUAUAAAUUAUUCAACAUCCUAUAGUUGGCUAUAAUAGUAUGAGGGUUUUUGAAUAAUUAGAAAAUAUAUAACCUAAAAUGUAUACCUAUGUGAAAAAUAUGUUAGUCAAUAUAACAUGUUUGGCAAUGUUGUUAUUUAUAACUAAAUACGUAAUUUCUAGCAGGAGAAUGAACCAAAGUAUUUCUAAGUUCAGUCCAUUUAGUAUACCCUUUGUAUAACAUAAUAUAUCCCUACUGAAUGAUACAAUCAUCAGUAGUCCUCUGAUUUGUUUAUUUACCACCUUCUUCAUGAAAGAUGACAAACAUUUUCAAAAUCACUUGAAAAUAAAAUAUAUUUUUAAAUUUAUUCUUU